AUGUACGAACGAUCAAUAACGGGGGUAAAAUUAACUAGUGUGAGUUCCUUGGAAUUUUUGGAGGAAUGGGAUAUUCAUAAUAGCCAAGACCAAGUAAUAACUGAGUAUUUGUCUAAGAAUUUACCCUCAUCUUUCAAUCAUCAUAAUCAGAUAUAUUUAGUCAGCAUUUUGUACUCAGCAGAAUUAUACAUGACACCGACUGCAUUGGAAAAAUUUACAACGACUGCAACGACCAAUUUUAAUCCAACAUUUUUAAAAAUUCAUAUAAUUGAUGACAAACAACUUGAUAUAUUUCCUGUUGAAUUUAUUAGUACUGAAACAUUUAAACGCUUGAUUGGUUUUGAAUUGUAUUCUGUAACCCAACCAAUAGAUACAGUAGAGCAGUUAAUUCAAAUUCUUGGCGACCAAAUCAGAAGGAUUACACUUUUUGUUCCAGAACUAAAUUUAGAGCACUUGAGUACAGCUAUCAACAAAUUAAAUUACUUAUGUGUUAAAAGUACUUUUGGAGCAAAUUAUUUCGAGCUGGAGCAAUGGAAAGAAGUUGCAGAAACAUUAAAAGUCAAAGUUGCUCUUAAUAAAUGUAUUUCACAACUUGAUUAA